AUGGCUUCGUCCUCCGACCUCCGGGGUCUGUGCCGGCCUCCUUUUUUCGCUGAAGUCGCGUUUCCAGAGACAGGAGGAUUUGUAUCCGGACGCUUUUGCAUGCCUCUUUCUGGCAAUUACACAUGUUGCCUGCCCUGCCCGACUACUGAUUGGACCUACGCAGAUGGCUUCGAGAGUCGAACCGAAGUCGCAAAUUGGGUCAACGUGGCAGCUUUCGUCUUGACAAUAUACCUCAUUCUCUCAUUCCUCGUUCUGCCGGUAAAAUACACACAUCGACAUUAUCUCAGCGUCUGCUUAUCACUUGCGGUAAUCUUCAUGGAGCUAGCAUUCAUCAUCCCGUUGGCAGGAAAGCCUGAACAAUGCUACAACGAAAUCACCCCCAAUGACAUGCACUCCAGCGGCGUCUGCGCCAUCAGUGGCGCGUUCCUGCUGUUCGGUGGUUGGGCCGUCAUUAUCUGGGUCUUCUGCCGUGCGCUUGCCCUUCAUCUUCAAAUCUGCUGGGAGGUGGUGCCUGGGGACAAAUUCUUCUACGGCGCUCUCGCAUUUGGCUGGCUGGUCCCCAUCAUUGGUCUAGCACUGACGUUGAGCUUGAGUGGAGUGUCGUUCCGGUUCGGGGACGUCUGCCAUAUCAAUCACAAGGAUGCGUUGCAGGACUUUUGGGGGCCAUUACUAGCCUUUGCCGCGCUGGCCAUGGUCCUUCAAUUCAUCACCAUGGGCUACUGCAUACACGUCUACAUAAGAAGCCUUCUCGACGACAAGGCAACAACUACCAACAGCUCACAAGCCCCAACAUAUUCGGGGAGUGUCAAGACACUGUCCGCGAGACAGGCCUUUCGCCGAGUCAAGCGGGUCAUUGAACUUCAAUGGCGCGGUGCACUCCUUGUUCUCGUUAUUAUUGGCGAGGUCGUCUUCUUCUCGGUGGUUUUCGUGUCGAUGGACAACAGUACUCAAGUCAACAAAGAACUAAUCACCAAAGCUCAGCCUUGGCUCACAUGCUUGGUGGCCAGUCAGGGCGACAAGAACCAAUGCCUAUCCAAAGCGGGAGAACUGGUCCAGUCCGAGGGUGUAGUGAUGGCUGUGCUUAUUGUUCUCGGGUUAAGCGGUUUUUGGUGUCUGAUGUUCUUGGGCCGAUGGUCCAUGCUUCAAGGUUGGGCAGAACUUUUCAGGUCGCACUUAAAGCGCAAGAACGAAUUCGUCUCGGCUGAUGCCAGACGGUUUUCGGCCGACCCUCGUACGUACGAAAUGCUAAGCGGAACGGGCCCUCAACUGAACAUCACAUCGCCAGAUCGUGUUCUAAGUCCUGCUCCGCGCGGUGGAGUCAUGUCUCCCGAACCUGAUUCGAAACAAGACUACGCAAGUGGUGCCCGAGCUUAUGUGAGCCCUGUGACGAGUUACUCCUAUCCACGACCACCAAGUCAGCACAAGGAUUGGGAUCCCAGAGAAACGUACGCCAGGGGCGAAGCUGGAUAUGAUAUGAAGACAUUCAAAGGGUGA